ACCAAUCAACGAAAGGUCUCCUUUACAGCUUGAGAGUCAUUCGAUCAAGUCUCAUGAAGAAGUACCUCGCCGAGUAAACGCUCUGAUCAGUCACCCACCCUACCCUUCCUUGCCAGUUGAAUGCCAGUUGAGUAGAGAGAGCGACCGAAAUAUUCCAAACUCCCCUAGUGGUCUUGGAAUAUUCCGUAAACCCUCUACGCCCAAUUUUUCUCUAAGCCGCUAUGACCGGUCCCCAGGUCCUCGCUGAGUACCUCUCCACCGGCGCCAACAGGCACACAGCGGUUGCUGAUUGGAGUCAGUCGGGGGCUCUAGCCUUCGGUGCUGAUUCUAACAUUGCCGUGUGGUCUCCCUCGGCGGAGAGCAACAUCGGCAUCACUGCGAUCCUGAGCGGUCACAAGGAUGUGGUGAAGGCCGUUAAGUUUCUCACUACUGGCAGUGAUGACGGCGCUAUCCUACUCAGUGGCUCUGAUGAUCGCACCCUGAAGCUUUGGUCACUGAGCUCCGAUCUGAAAAGGGGUGUGUGCCUCCAGACCGCGAACGAGCACACAUCCCCCAUCAACUGUAUAAGUGUUCUCAGACCUCGAGAUCCAUCUGCCCCGGUGCUUGUGGCUUCCGGUGCGGCAGACGCCACUAUUAAGAUCUGGUCUCUGAGCUCGAAUCAACUACAGCUCCUACAAACAAUCAAGCCGAACCCUAAGUUCCUUCCUCUUGCUCUUGCUCUGACGGCACUGGACAAUGAUGAGGAUGUCUUCGUCUUGGCAGCCGCUGGCACUAGGGAUACCAUUCAGAUUUUCCUGGCCGACGCAGCUGGAAAAGCAACACCCGAGUUCGCCCUGCAGGCGACUUUAACCGGUCAUGAAGGUUGGAUCAGGUCUUUGGACUUCACACGGGAGAGCGGCGACCCCCAGAGCGACCUUCUCCUUGCCUCGGCCAGUCAGGACAAGUACAUCCGCCUAUGGCGCUUUCACCGGGGCAGUGUCCUGCCUGCACUGGCCGCAGAUGCGGACCCGUCGAGCGGCGCAUACCUCCCUGGCAAGUCGCCGUCCAACAAGGCACAUAAAUUGCAUUGCGCCGGCAAAGACUUCUCCGUCACCUUUGAGGCGCUGCUGCUGGGCCACGAGGAUUGGAUAUACAAUGCCAAGUGGUUUAACCAUGGCCCUGGGAAGCUUCAGUUACUCUCCACCUCAGCCGACAACUCACUCGCCAUCUGGGAAGCCGAACCAGCAUCCGGCAUCUGGCUCAGCGUCGUCCGUCUGGGCGAGAUAAGCAGGGAGAAGGGCGCGACCACGGCAACCGGCAGCAUUGGUGGUUUCUGGACUGGCUUGUGGGGGCCAGACGGCAAGUCGGUGGCCUGCCUCGGCCGAACAGGAAGCUGGCGCCGCUGGGUUUACAAUGGCGAACACGACGAGUGGCAGCCUGCCAUUGCCAUAAGCGGUCAUACCAAGCCCGUAACGGGAAUUUCGUGGUCGGGGAACGGAGACUACCUCGUGUCGACGAGCACAGACCAAACUACACGCCUCCACGGGCAGUGGAGAAGGGAACAGCGCCAAACUUGGCACGAGAUGUCGCGGCCGCAGAUCCAUGGCUAUGAUCUGAAUUGCAUCGACACCCUUGGUCCUUCUCAGUUCGUCUCGGGUGCCGACGAGAAGCUGAUGCGGGUCUUUAGCAAACCGAGAGCGGUAGCCAAGAUGCUGAGCAGACUGAGCGGCUCGAGCGACGCCGCCGCCGCCGAGCUACCUGAUGGCGCAAAUAUGCCUGUCCUUGGCCUAUCGAACAAGGCCAUUGAUGCUGUGGAGGACGAUGUCGAAGUCCAGCCUGAUAACCCCCACGAUCGAGACUCGGUUGAUCCGGCAUCUAUCGUGCGAAAGUCGGCGCUGGAAAUCGACCGCCCGCCGUUCGAGGAGAGUCUUUCCCGCCACACACUCUGGCCCGAGAUUGAGAAACUGUACGGCCAUGGAUAUGAGCUCUCAUGCCUGGCGGCGAGCCAUGACGGUAAACUUAUCGCCAGCGCCUGCAAGGCAAGCUCGCUAAACCACGCCGUCAUAAGAAUCUUCGAGACAGAACGCUGGACAGAGGUCAAGCCACCUCUCCAAGCGCACAACCUCACAGUAACACGACUUCGGUUCUCCCCGGAUGAUAAAUAUCUCCUCAGCGUCGGACGGGACCGUCAGUGGGCCGUAUUCGGGCGCGACACCAACGAUCUUCUGAAAUACGAGCUAGUCCAAAGCAAUCCGAAGGGUCACAGUCGGAUGAUAUUGGAUGCGGCGUGGGCCCCUUGCGAGCAAGGUCGCGUCUUUGUGACGGCCGGCCGAGACAAGCGUGUCAAGAUCUGGGGCUCGAGACCAUAUGACGCUGGCGGUAAGGUUAACUUUACGCAACAGGCGGAAAUCACCUGCGACACCCCCGUCACCGCCGUAGAUUUCCUUGGACACUCAGUUCCCCAAGGCGGCGUCGUCCUAGCAUUGGGCACGGAGGCCGGCCGAGUAUCUCUCUAUAGCGUGACGUUUGCUUCUGGAGACACACAGGCUUCCCGAAUCCUCCAACUACCAGAUGAUCUCUGUCUCCCCAAACCGGUCUCGCAACUGGCAUGGCGCCCAAGCCGCGGCGUGGAAGAAAACAACGAGAAACGGACGCAAGAGCUCGCCAUUGCGGGAGAGGAUAGUUCCCUCAGGAUAUACCGUUUCCUUGACUUGGAAACUGUUGGGUCCAGGUGAUGAGCCUACAAGGGGGUCUUUACCCUUGUGAAAGGAUAGGGUAUUAUUAGGAUUAUGUUGGUAUGACUAGAAAGACUCCAGCCGCCUGCCUUUCUUUACGGCAUCGUACCGUGCCAUGAGAGAAGAACCAACCAAAACGCCGCCGCCGCCCGAAGGAUCAUUCCAGGCGGGCUAUGCCGUCCUCGGCUCCAACAACCGGGACUCUAUAUCGUAUUCGUCCAUUCGUACAUCCACCUCGUAUGCAUGUUUCUCUUCCCUCACCAGUGGUAGUGUUUAUGCAGCACCAGUCCUAUCUCUUUGAAGCCCAUGGAGCG